AAAAAUAAACUUAGCAUUAAUAAACCGAAAAUGGAUGCGCGUAAUCGAAUUACAUUUCUAGUUCUACUCAACGUAAUAUUCUUCACUUGCAUAUCGUCCAACAACAUUCCAUGUUCUCCGGCCACUCCAAAGAAGGUUUCGGCUAAAUGCCCAAAAGACACUUUGAAGUUUGGCGUUUGUGGAGAAUGGUUGGGAUUGGUGAGUGAGGUUAUCGGGUCAAAACCGAGCCCCAAAUGUUGUAGCUUAUUGAAGGGGUUGGCGGAUUUAGAGGCUGCAUUGUGUUUGUGCACUGCUAUUAAGACUAAUGUGUUAGGGUUGGUCAAUAUUAAAGUACCGGUUGCACUUAAUUUGGUUGUUAAUGCUUGCGGUAAAAAGAUUCCCAAAGGAUUUGUUUGUGAGUGACGAGAAAAAUGUUGAUUUUUUAGUCGGUUAGUAAUAACUUGUUUAUUCGUAUUGAUGAUAUUUUGAAUUUUAUUCAAUGUACUCUUGUUAUUAUUUGAGAUUUUAUUUUUCAUGUC